AUGGCGGAACAAUGCAAGGCGAUAGUAAAGAAUGCGGAUAUGUCGGAGGAGAUGCAGCAGAAGGCUGUGGACGUUGCCAAGGAGGCUAUGGAGAAAUUUUCCAUCGAAAAGGACAUUGCUGCUCAUCUAAAGAAGGCUUUCGAUAAGGAAUACUCAUCCACUUGGCAUUGCGUUGUCGGUCGAAACUUCGGAAGCUAUGUAACUCACGAAUCAAAGCACUUCAUCUACUUCUACAUGGGCCAAGUCGCCAUUCUCUUAUUCAAAUCUGAUAUGAACACGGAACCUGGUAAAGCUGUUGUGAAAAAUGCCGAUAUGAAUGAAGAGAUGCAGCAACGGGCUGUUGACUGCGCCCGUGAGGCAAUGGAUAAAUUCAACAUUGAGAAGGAUAUCGCCGCCCAUAUCAAGAAGGAAUUCGAUAGAAGUUACAAUCCAACAUGGCAUUGCAUUGUCGGUCGCAAUUUUGGCAGUUAUGUGACGCACGAAACCAAGCACUUCAUCUACUUCUAUAUGGGCCAAGUCGCAAUUCUUCUCUUUAAAUCCGGUUAA